UGAGGUGAAAGUGGGCGUGUUUUGAGUGUUCUCUGUCGCUACAGUAAAUCCCAAGUUCAACACAAAUGCCUAAAAUGGCUGCUGAGAGGGAAAGCGGGCUUGUGUGUCUCUACGUUAACGGGAAAAAGGUGACGGUGAGAGAUGCAGAUCCUGAGACCAUGCUGCUCUCCUUCCUCAGGGAGAAAAUGCGUCUAACAGGCACUAAGUAUGGAUGUGGAGGAGGGGGAUGUGGUGCCUGCACUGUCAUGCUGUCCACAUACAGCACUCAGACCAAGAGCAUCCAUCAUUACUCUGUUAACGCCUGUCUGAUGCCUUUAUGCCAAACACACGGGGCAGCAGUGACCACGGUGGAGGGCAUCGGGAACAGCAAGAGCAAACUACACCCUGUACAGGAGCGUAUAGCGAAGGCAAAUGGCUCUCAGUGUGGGUUUUGUACUCCAGGGAUGGUAAUGUCCAUGUACACACUGCUGAGAAAUCGACCACAACCCAGCAUGGAGGACAUCACACAGGCACUGGAGGGUAAUUUAUGCAGAUGCACAGGAUAUCGUCCGAUUAUCGACGGCUACCGGACUUUCUGUGAGACUGAACGCUGCUGUCAGGUGAACGGCACGGCCUGCUGUACCUCAAACACUAAAGCAUCUCCUGAGAAACCAGAGCUGUUUAAUAAAGAGGAAUUUCUUCCAUUGGACCCGACGCAGGACCUGAUCUUCCCUCCGGAGCUCAUAAGAAUGGCAGAAAGUCAGGAACAAACCACUCAGACGUUUCGGGGGGAGAGGAUGACCUGGAUCUCCCCCGUGUCUCUCAGUGAGCUGCUCCAGCUGAAGUUUCAGUACCCAAAAGCCCCCAUUGUGAUGGGAAACACCAACAUAGGGUUGGACAUCAAGUUUAAAGGUGUCAUCCAUCCCAUAAUAAUCUCAGCCACACGCGUGAAGGAACUGUUUGAAGUCACGCACAAACCUGAAGGUGUGCACGUUGGUGCUGGGUGCAGUUUCUCCACACUGCGGAGCGUGUUGCAGGAGUGUGUGCGUUCUCUCCCAGCAGAACACACACAGACGUACACGGCACUGCUGGAGCAACUGAGACACCUGGGAGGCGAACAGAUCCGCAACGUCGCUACUCUGGGGGGGAACAUUGCCAGCGCGGCCCCAAACUCUGAUCUGAAUCCUGUUCUGGCUGCAGGGCGGAGCUCAGUGCUGCUGCUGUCUCACGAUGGAAGGCGUGAGGUUCCUCUGGAUAAGGAUUUCUUUGUGGGGUUUGGAAAGACGAUUCUCAGACUGGAAGAGAUUGUGUUGUCUGUUUUUAUUCCGGUUUCCAGAAAGUGUGAGGUGGUGUGUGCGUUCCGUAACGCUCCCCGUAAAGCCAACGCUCUGGCCACGGUGAGCGCCGGCAUGCGGGUGUGGUUUAAUCACGGCUCCGACGUGGUGAGAGACAUGAGUGUGUAUUACGGAGGAGUCGGAGCACACACACUCAGCGCAGAGAACACGACGCGGCACGUUAUCGGCAGGUCCUGGAGCGAGGCGACGUUAAGUGAGGCGUACACGGCGCUGCUUGAUGAUGUCACACUCGGGGCGUCGGCUCCAGGGGGGAAGGUGGUGUUCCGCAGGUCUCUGACCCUCAGCAUGUUCUUCAGGUUCUACCUACACGUCCUGCAGCACCUCAGAGAGCAAAACGUGAUUCAGCGUGAAAUUCCAAAACAUGAGCUGAGUGCAGUGGAGCCGCUGCCCAACUUCAUUCAGCCCGGCUACCAGGAGUUCCAGGCUGUGUCAGAUGGAGACUGCGUGGGCCGGCCGUUGCCUCACUGCUCCUCCGUCUCACACGCUACAGGAGAGGCCGUGUACUGCGACGACAUUCCACACACACACGGAGAACUCUUCCUCUCUGUCGUCACCAGCACCAGAGCACACGCCAAGAUCACUCAUAUAGAUGUGGGCGGAGCUCUGGCGAUGGUGGGCGUGGUCGAUGUGAUCACCGCUAAUGACAUUCCGGGCAGGAGAUCCAUCUCCUUCAGUGAGUUGGACGAGGAGCUGCUGGCGGAAAACGAGGUGACAUGUGUGGGUCACAUGAUCUGCGCCGUCGUCGCCGAUUCGAAGCAGCACGCUAAACUCGCCGCGUCAGCUUUGAAGAUCACCUACGAGGACCUGAAAGACUCAAUCUUCACAGUAGAGGAAGCUGUAGAGAAGAGCUCCUUCUUUCCUCCUCAGAGAGAGCUUCAGAGAGGAGACGUCGCCUCGGCGCUUCAGGAGACAGACCACGUUUACGAAGGAGAGAUGCGUGUGGGAGGACAAGAACAUUUCUACAUGGAGACACAGAGCAUGCUGGUCGUUCCUGUAGGAGAGGAGAAGGAGAUGAAGGUCUAUCUGUCUAUACAACACCCAACAUGUGCUCAGGUGGCGAUAGCAGAGACGUUGGGCAUCCCGUCUAAUCGCGUGUCCUGUUACGUGAAACGUGUCGGGGGGGCGUUCGGGGGUAAAGUGACCAAGACGACCGUGCUGGCGUGUGUUACCGCAGUGGCUGCGUGGAAAACCGGGAGGCCGGUGCGCUGUGUUCUGGAAAGGGGAGAGGACAUGCUGAUCACAGGAGGACGCCACCCGGUGCUGGGGAAGUACAAGGUGGGCUUUACGAAUGAUGGCAGAAUCACUGCAGCUGAUGUUCAUUAUUACGCCAACGCAGGCAACGCACCUGACGAGUCCACGCUGGUAGCAGAGAAGAUUCUGCUCCACAUGGAUAACUCUUAUAACAUCCCGAAUCUCCGUGGCCAGUCAGCUGCCUGCAGGACUAACCUGCCGUCCAACACGGCGUUCCGGGGUUUUGGCGUUCCUCAGAGCAUGGUGAUCAUCGAAAACAUGGUCACCGAUGUGGCCAUGACGCUCGGCCGGCCAGCUGAAGAGAUCCGUGAGAAGAACAUGUAUAAGGAGGUGUCCUUCACACACUAUAAGAUGGAGUUUGACCCGGAGAACCUGCAGCGGUGCUGGGAGGAGUGUAAGGAGAGAGCCGACAUCGCUCACAGGAGAGAGAACAUCGCUCGCUUCAACCUGCAGCACCGCUGGAGAAAGAGAGGCCUCGCCAUCGUACCCAUCAAAUACGGCAUCGCAUUCGCAGAGGGAUUCCUCAACCAGGCUGCUGCGCUGGUACACAUCUACAAGGACGGGUCGGUGUUAAUAAGUCACGGUGGGAUUGAGAUGGGUCAGGGCUUACACACCAAAGUGCAACAGGUGGCGAGUCGAGAGCUGAACAUCCCUCUGUCUCUGAUCCACAUUUCUGAGACGUGUACGAGCUCCGUGCCCAACACGUGUCCCUCUGCUGCGUCAUUCGGCACUGACGCUAACGGAAUGGCUGUCAGGGACGCGUGUCAAACUCUGUACAAGCGGCUCGAGCCGAUCAGACAGACGGAUCCUGACGGCACGUGGCAGAGCUGGAUUAAGAGAGCGUUUUUGGAGAAAAUCAGUUUGUCAGCUACUGGAUUCUACAGAGGUCACGAUACAGGGAUGGACUGGGAGAAACAGGAAGGACGGCCGUAUGCGUAUUUCACCUACGGAACCUGCUGCAGUGAGGUGGAGCUCGACUGUCUGUCAGGAGAAUACAGGACUGUAAGGACAGACCUGGUUGUGGACAUCGGGAAGAGCUUAAACCCCUCCAUCGAUAUCGGCCAGAUUGAGGGAGCGUUUACACAGGGUCUGGGCCUCUACACUAUGGAGGAGCUGCACUUCUCCCCCUCAGGUGUUCUGUACACUCGAGGUCCGGCUCAGUAUAAGAUCCCGGCCGUGUGUGACGUCCCGCUGCAGUUAAACGUCUACCUGCUCUCUGGAUCCGAAAAUCCGCACGCCAUCUACUCCUCAAAGGGUAUCGGUGAACCCACGCUGUUCCUGGGCAGCUCUGUGUUCUUUGCUAUAAAGGACGCUGUAAUGGCGGCGCGGAAGGACGCGGGAUUAACCGGACCUUUCACCCUAAACAGCCCUGCUACACCGGAACGAGUGUGCCUCGCAUGCAACACACACUUCACGCAGAUGAUUCCAGACACAGGAAGAGACGCGUCGCAGCCGUGGGCUCUGCAGUUGCCUUGACCUUCAUUUCACCUUUCUGAUCAAUUUAUUUCAUCAUUAUAACCAUUAAAUGAUCCGAUCUGCAACUUUACAUACAUACAUAAUAAAUAAACUGAAUUAAUGAUAUAAUGAGCUCAUCAGGUAGUUUGCACAGGUAGAAUAUAUAGUUCAAGGCAAUAACAUAUUACAUUAAAAUGAUAGAAGCACAUUUACAUUAACAUUCAUGCAAUUCUUUUAAUUUUUAAAGACACAUUUCUGUAUGUGAGUCGGAGAUAGACCCAGGUGAGAGGUGUGUGAGGUGAUGAUUUAGAGUUAUAGAUUUACAAGGAUUGAUUUAUUUUAUGAUUAUGCGUAGGUGCUGAACGAUCACGUUUAUAAAGUCCUGUAAAAUGGGACGUCUUACAAACACAGCUAUAAAUAAUCGAUACUAUCUGGUAUUUUCUGGACAGAUCAAUUUCACAACACUGAUAAAUUACUUAACAAUUAUAUAACCUUCUUUAUCUGUCUAACACUUUUAUCUUAAUAGUAGAAAAUAUCCUUUUUUAAAAAUCUUUUAUGAAAAGCACUGAGAUUUUGGACUCAAUUAAAAGUGCUUAUAUAAAUCAAGCUUUGUUCAUUAUGUUCUAUGAUCAAAAUAAUAAACUCUUUAACCUCUUAAUCCAUAUGCAUCCCUUUUAUUUUACAUUAUUAUUAUUAUUAUUAUUAUUGUUGUUAUUAUUUGGGGAAAAGUGGAAGCAUUUAUUCUUCAAGUUUCUGUACAAAAGAAACAAUACAUAUUUGUUAUAAUAUUAGCUGGAUUAUGGAUGUUGCUGUCUAUAAAAAUGUGUAAGCAUGAUCAUGAUUAAAAUAAAAUGUAAAACAUGGUAUGAACACUCACACUUCUGCUAACAGUAAAGAGUUAAAGCAGAGACUCCAUUAUUGAGAAAUCAGACUUGGUCUUGCCACACAGGCGUGAUUACAAUGGAAUAGUCAACCGUGUCAGAUUACGGGGGAGAUCUCUUUUAAGAAAUGUACAUCGAUGCUAUGAAAUGGAUCUAUUUUCACAGAAUUCGACUUGGUAUUGGAAACUAGAUGAACAUUAGAGUUUAAAACGUAUUUGAAAGUAAUUGUUAUGUUAUAUGACGGAUAGAUAUUAAGUUUGAAAUGAAACCUGACCUCCCCGCUUCCGCUGAGACGUGGACUGGUCCGCAUUUUUUAUGGCGUCUGCGCCUGCGCACAGCGCUCUCGCUUUCUCGGAGGGGAUUUUGUUGGAAGGGUUCGGGACAGCAUUGUGUCGCUUUGUUUGGUGGUUCUAAGACCGUUUUUAUUUGAAUUCAUUUCGGUGUCUUUUAUGAAUAAUCAAAAGCAGCAAAAGCCAACGCUAACCGGCCAGCGUUUUAAAACACGGAAAAGAGGUGA